AGAGAUUACUAAUGCGCAGGUCGGCUGGCGCCUGACCAGACUUACCUUGUGUACUUAUUUAUUCGCCAAAGCUCACAGUGGAAUAGUUUCUUUCUCGCAGGGCUACAGGCAAGACAGGGUGUCAUCUACCUUUCUCCUUAGGAACGUCAGACGCAGCAUCAGCAUCAGAAAUGUUGAUCUCUGGAGUAUUCAUCUUGGUCAUCUUUCUUGUUCUUGUGGCCUACCUUCGAUUUACUUUUCGGAUCAGGCGGAAAAGCGAGCCUCCCUACGUACCCGGACAUUUUCUGUGGGGUAACAGCGCGCAGUUCUCAAAACAUCAUGUGCGCUUCCUGCAGACAUCUCAGAAACAGCUGGGCGACAUCUUCACCAUCCGUCUUCUUAACCACUACUUCACCGUCAUCAUGGACCCACACUGCUACGAAACCUUCGUUAAGGUGAAGAAUUUUGAUUUCUUUGCAAUUAUGCAUCAAGUCCUCAACAACGUCUUCGCCCUUGAGGUGAAGUCUUCUCGCAAGUUGUCUAUUGAGAUCGCCAAACGCCUAAAAGGCAUGUACGUGAACACUACGAUGGACAACUUUGCGAAACACGUGCAGAACUCCUUCACAGAUUUGACGAAGACCUCAGCCAUGACCACCUCGGACUGCAAUGCCAACAUCAACACCGACGGUAACACCAGCGUCGACUGGAGAAGAGAAAUGCUUUUCACGCUGAUGUCGAAGACCAUGUUUCCCUCCUUGUUCUACACCCUGUUCGGGCGCAGCGUGGACCCCUCAGGUGAGGAGAAAACAAAGAACUUCUGCCCGAAAGUUUUUCAUGAUAAUUUUAACCUCUUUCACAAGUACUUCACCUACCUGUGGAUUGGCUUGCCGCUGAAACUCUUUCCCCAAGCCGUCGAGGCGUUGACGGUCCUGUUACAGCAGCCGACAUCCCACAACAUGUUGCGGCGUGACGGAGUGUCCGAGCAAAUCAAGGUCUCCAUCAAUCACUUUCACCAACACGGUCACAGCGAACAAGAUAUUGCACUUUAUAACCUCGUUAUUUUCCACGUCAACUACAAUACUUUCCGUGCUGCCUACUGGUGCGUGUACAAACUGGCGGAGGACCCCCGCAUUCUGAAGGACCUCGAGAGGGAGCUUCACGAAGCCAUCGAAAUGAAACGCGCAGACGGAGAGGAAAGUGUCGCCUUCACCUUGGCAGAGAUCGGUGAAUUCCCUCUUCUUGAUUCCUUCUGGAAGGAGACCCUGAGGAUGUACAGUGGCACCUUAAUGACUCGGUACAUCACUGAAGAUACAGAGUUCGAGAUGCCCAGCGGACAAAAGUACACAGUGCGCAAGGGGGACCGUGCAGUCAUGUGUGCAGCAGGCGUUCACAUGGACCCUGAAAUCUUCGAAGAUCCAGAGGUUUUCAAGCACAAACGCUUUGUCAACACAACUUUCUACAAGUACGGCAAGGAGCUGAAGAAACUGAUCUUCUCCUUUGGCUCACUCUGCCCAGGCCAACGUAGCGCCAUACUGCAGGGCAAAUGGUUCCUGAUGAACCUCAUCAACUCCUUCUCGCUCCAGCUCCCCGAGGGUCAGAAGGCGGAGCCUAAUACGGAGAAGUAUGGCAACGAGAUCCUGCCACCAGUCAACGACGUGCAGAUUGACUUCCGACCAAAAGAGGGCGCUCCAGUCCUAGUGUACAGCAAAUGAGUUUGUGGACAAGAGGGCUUCCAACUCAUUGAAGGGUUGUGGCUUUGCUGCCUCUGUCACUCCUGUUUAGAAAUCUAGGAGUUCGAAGCAAGGUGGUUUUUCGGUUUUAACUUCUCUUGGUCUGUUUCUUAAGACUCUUUUAUCUCAUAUAUAUAUAUAUUAACCUUUUGAUUGAUGUCAGGGAUUUUUGAGAUCUGACAUUUAGGCAAUACGCUGGACGCGUUUGCUCAAAGCAAGAAGCAUGGGGUUAGAAUUAAUAAAGUUAAUAUUUAAAUAUUUUAUUGUAUAAAGUCGUUCGUUUAAGUCAGGAAGACAAUAAACUUCCUGCAGUUUUUAUGCUUCGAAAUCAGUGCAGCAGACAGUUUACAAAAUUUUUACCUGGUUAAUCGUUUUCCUUUUUUUACUAACUUUCAGUUCUGUUUGAGCAAUCGUCUAUGGUGUCCUUUGUUAUUAUUAUUAUCGUAAGCACUUUACGAAUAAUGAAAAGUUCAUAUAGCUUUAUUGUUAUGUCGUUAUAUGUGCAUAUACAGUGUGGGGACAUUGAGCCACGGUCCAAUGAUCCGCUAAACAUUCGAAAAAUGCUUGGAUUCCAAAUUUUUGACACUUUAGAUGGUACCGACCUGGAACUGGCCUCUCCAACACUCGAGACAGGUGUUGACAGUUGUCACUUUGGCAUUUCCAAUGUCCGUGAUUAACAUGCUAGUUACUAUCGCCGAUUAAAUAUUUAAAUGCUGGCUUAUAACUUCAGAGAAGUAUUUCUAAAACAUCAGUCUUUUAUUUAUCAACAAACAGUAAAGUAACUUACCAUGAAAUUCAAAUAUUAAUCUUUUUUAUCCACGCUGUGUGUCAUCGUUAUGGAGGCCGCCAUUAUAACCGAUUCACACCUUACAAUGCUACAAAAUUAAGAAAAAGUAAUGUGAUGAAACCUUGUACUUUUUCAUUAUUUAUUAUAAUUUAUGCAUUUCCAAAAUUUAGUAUGCCGAGGAUAACCUUAUCCGCGAUGAAGCAGUUUGGACCUCAAUCACCGCGGCUUAAUGGCCCUACACUGGGUGUGUAUAUAUAUAUAUUGAUGUUGUUAUGUUUACAUACAUAUAUAACAUAUAUAAAACAGAAAAUAUCAUAAAUUAUAUUUAUUGCUAUAUAUGUAUAUGUUGUGAGUCAAUAAGUAAAACACUGAAUUCAACGUAGACUGCAUUAAUUAUAAUAAUGAUGAUGAUGAGAAUAAUAAAAGUA